AUGGAUCAGGGUGUUCUUGAGGAACUGAAGGCAUACAUUGUAUCUUUUGAUAGACCAGGAUAUGGUGAGAGUGAUCCGGAUCCUAAUCGAACUCCCAAAAGCUUGGCUUUUGAUGUUGAAGAAUUUGCUGAACUUGGACCCAAAUUUUAUGUCAUUGGAUACUCCAUGGGAGGUCAAGCUGUUUGGGGUCUCCUCAAGCUCGCAGGAGCAACAUUGAUGACACCGGUGAUUAAUUGUUGGUGGAGUGGCUUCCCUUACAAGUUAUUGAAGAUAGCUUACUCCAAAAAACCAUGGCAAGACCAAUGGACAGUUGGAGUUGCACAUUACUUGCCAUGGCUGACAUAUUGGUGGAUGACUCAGAAGUAG